GCCAACUAUUCUUAUUUAUAAAAAUGUCAUCUUCAAAUCAGAAUACAUCAAAAGGUCCUGGGCUCGGUAGAACCCUAACUAAUUUCGCUAUUGGUGGAAUCUGUGGGAUGACGGCUACCUGCAUUAUCCAGCCAUUGGAUAUUGUUAAGGUUAGACUUCAGGUCAGAGGAGAGACUGGUGUUGGAAACUUCUCCCCAUUCUCUGUUGCUAAAGAGAUCAGAGCACAAGCUGGUAUUAAAGGAUUCUAUAAGGGACUUGAUUCAGCUCUUGUUAGGCAAGCUACCUACACAACAGCAAGAUUCGGUAUCUAUCUCAAUGUUACCCAAAGUAUGAAGAAGAAUCUUCCUGAGGGACAGGAGAAUAUCUCAUUUGGACAAAGAUGUCUCGCUUCCUUGGUAGCUGGUGGACUCGGAUCUUGGUUUGGAAAUCCAGCAGACCUUGCUCUUAUCAGACUCCAGACUGAUGCCACUCUACCAAAAGAACAAAGGAGAAACUAUAAGAACGUAGGCGAUGCGUUCAAAAGAAUCGUUUCUGAAGAGGGAGUUGGCGCCCUUUGGAAAGGUGUUGGUCCAACAAUGGUCAGAGCAAUGUCUCUCAAUCUUGGUAUGCUCGGCCCUUAUGACCAAGCCAAAGAUAUGCUUACCAAAAUUACUGGUCCUUCAAAGGUAGCCAACCUCGGUGCCUCUGCUGUUGCUGGUUUCUUGGCUUGCUUCCUCAGUUUGCCAUUUGACAACUUGAAGACAAAGCUGCAAAGAAUGAAGGCGAAUCCAGAUGGAACUCUACCAUACAAAGGAAUGAUGGAUUGCGCUAUGAAGACUCUCUCAAAAGAAGGACCUCUGGGCUUCUACACUGGAUUCCCAACCUACUACUUCAGAAUUGCACCUCACGCAAUGCUGACUCUCCUCUUCAGUGAUGUGCUGAAAGCUGCUUUCUACAGAUAAUUUAUGAAGUGCUUUCA